AUGAUAAAAGGCGAUAUUAUGGGAAAAGGAAACGAUCGCACUCAGAAGACUAAGGAAUACAACAGGCCAGACAUCAUCCUGGCGGAUCGGCGAAAGAACACCAUCACCAUCGUGGAGAUAGGAAUCACCAAUCAAUACAACCCAGUGGAUACGGAUAAGUUCAAGAAGCAGAAGUAUGAAGACCUUAUCGAGGACCUCAAGGCGCGACAGUUUAACCAGCAAACCAAGAUCAGGGUUAUCCCCUACGUUAUGACGUGGGAGGGAAUAGUGACAAAGGAGCACAGCAAGUACAGACGGGACCUGGGCAUAUAG